AUGCUUCCAAUGUCAGCCACCCAACCAGGUGGUUGCCAUAAAGGUGACGACUAUCUACGUCACGCUGAAUAUCCACGUUAUUGUGAUUUAUGCACUCGAGACGUGAAAAAACUUUCUAAUCGUUUUGAAUUUGCUCAACAUCUGCGGACUAUGCAUUGUACUAAAGAAGGUGGAUCGUUUAUAUGUCGUUAUGGACCAAAUAGCGUUUGUCAAACAUUACCCUUGGAAGGUGUUUCUGAUCGCGAUUAUGAAGCUCAUAUCCGGAAAUGUCAUGCCAAUUUUGUAUUUGAUAAACAGCCAACUAUGGAUAAGGCGGAAGAGAAAAAAAAGCGUUCUUCUUCGAAUUCAACGUUCACCACUCAAAGUUUCACUCAAAAUCUGUCAUCAGUACUAUUGGAUCCAAAAUGUUCCCGAACAGAAAUACAUGCCUUUUUCACUAGGCAUUGGGGUGAUUCAUUUGUGCCUAAAAAUCGAAUAUCACCGGUAGUGUCCUUACCGGCUAUAACACUAGAUCAUUUCAAGAAAUAUCUUAAAACCACUGCUAAGAAACACCGUCAAUGUUUAAGAGCGAAAUAUGAACUUCGACGUGCAUUAGCACGACAUGAAGAGGAUAGACGUGUCGAUGUUGAUGAUGUGCCAGUGAUUCUUCUGGAUCCAAAUUUUUCAUUGGCUGAUUUGUCCACCUUUGAAGCAAUUUUCCUGGAGCCUAUUUCCGGAGAAGUCGAUCGUUUACAAGUCGAUGGUAAAUCGUAUACAACAUUUCUGGGACGACAGCCUUGCGAUAGUGGUACAUCACCUACGCCAAGUAUCUCGGAAGAUUCGAAAUCAUUACAGAUGCAUGAAUCAUACGAGGCAGCAAAUGGCCGUUAUUUUAGGCCAUAUGACACGCUACAACAAUGCCUUGAAUUUUAUCACGAUUUGGUUGAUGCGAGAUUAAACAAUCAGUUGGCAUCGAAAUCGAAUGCAUUUUGGAAAACAGUUAUAUCUUGUGGAAGUUUAAGUGGUGAAUUGAUAGCUGCUAUGGAAAGGGUUGCAGUAGUAAGACAAAAUUUGAAGAAAGUAGAUGAAAAGUUGUAUCAUCGGAUGACGAAUAUUAUGAAUAUAUAUAAAAUACGACAACAACAGGAGAAAGUACUGCAGAAAUUGCGAGAUAUGGCAUGUCUUCGGGAUGCUCAGUUAACUGUUCAAAUGCUAUUAAAUCAAAAUGAUUAUCCGAAAGCUUUAGAAUGUAUCGAAACUGCGCAAGAUGUUUUGAACAACGAAUUACUAGGUGUUACAUGCUUCAGGCAUCUCGGUUCACAAUUAGAAGAGCUGCAUAAGGUAAUCGCUAAAAUGCUUUAUGAAGAAUUUGUAACUUUGGUACAAAAGGAAAUGGGACGACCUUGUGAAACUGAGAAUGAUGCUGUUUAUCAAGGGGGGCACAUGAAUCCGAUUGUAAUUGGUUUAUUACAAGUGGAGGAAUAUCGUUUUGUUCAUGUGUUACAACAAGAAAUAGUUGUGGCUUUGAAAAAUUCAUUAAGACAGAUAAUAAAAGCGCAUGUGGUGCGGAAUAUGGGUGACCACGAGUUAACUGAGUUCGAUCCAUCACUUGGUAAUUUGAGCACUCAGAUGCGAAGGUUGAAUUUCGAUCAGUGGUUCGCAACAUUGCAGCAUGUCUUACGUGUCCUUUAUCUGAUGUGUCGUAGGGUGCAGAACAUUCAGGAAGUUAUCCUGGAUAACAUUGAUCAUUUUUCGGAAGUGCUUGAUAGAAGACCUAUACAAGAUCAGGAAAUAACCGAGGCCGAAAAAAGGACCGACUCUAUCCAGAAACUUAUGGGUCCGGAUAAGUUCACGUCUGCAGCUAAUGAUGCAUCAGUUCCAGUACAGAUAACAAAUGCUGAACCAGAUACAGAUGAUGAAUUGGAAGUGGAGAUCAAUCGUGUAUUGGGGAGAAGUUCACUGGAAACGGAAAAUAUUCCAAUUCCAUCAUCGAAUAAGAGUAACACUGUGGAAGGUGUUGAAAAUCAACAAAAUGUGAGCUGUACUAAAGUAGCAAAUGGACACGGCGAUGUUUCGCAAGCAGGAAGUACUAUUUCGGAUAUGAUGAUGACAAUGUCAGUGACUGCAACACCUGCUUUCCUGUCAAUGCCAUGCAGGACGAUCAGUCAAGUAAAACUAUCAGUAGCUUUUCUUACUGAACAUACAACAUAUAUGGCUCAGGAACGCAGCUGUCGUCUAAUAGCUGCUAGAUCAAAGGAUGGGUUCCUUGAACGACUAUCAUUAUGCCAAUUCGAUAGUGUAAUGCGUGCUGUCAAAGAAUUUGUCUGUAAUUGUCAGAAGUUAAUUGGAAGCGAAAAAAAAUUUUCUUCGCCUCUGCGUUUAUGUAUUCUUCAGCAAGGCAGUAGUUUCAUCAAGAAAUUUCACGAAGAUCGGAGGGUUAAAUUGAGUAACAUUCUGGACACGGAAACUUGGCGCGCCGGCGAUGUGCCGGAGCAUUUUCAACGACUUGUUGAUUUGUGUUUACAAACAAAUCGUUUAUCGGAUGUAGGAUCGUUAGAAAUCGAAAAUUCCACUACAUUUAAGCCUAAUCUACUAGUUGAUGGGGAACCAUAUGUUGUUGUAGGAACAUCCUUUAUUCUUCUGCAAAUUAUGGCUCAAUACUGUGAUGCUUUAGCCGUACUUCCAGAAUAUGCUUCCGAACUUUUGAUGUGUUUAGUGGAAUUGCUAAAAAAUUACAACAGUCGUAGUUGCCAGUUGAUUCUUGGAGCAGGCGCUUUACAAUUGAUUGGCCUGAAGUCGAUAAGCGUUCGACAUUUAGCCCUUUCUUCGAGAUGUCUACAACUAAUUCUUCGAUUUGUGCCAUUUAUUCGAGCUGCAUUUCAAGAAAAGCUUCCCGCUGACAAACAGCCUUUGUUGCGACAUGUCGAUCAGUUAGUUAGAGAUUACAAUGAUCAUGCGCAGGAAAUUGUGAACAAACUGAUUACCGUCAUCGAUCACCAUCUUAUUGUGCAGCUUCAAGCGUGGGAUGUAAAAGGCUCCCUUCCAUCGCCAACAUUCCAGCAAAUGUGUCGGCAGCUUAGAAAAUUCUACAAUGGUCUUAACGGAAUUAUGCCGGAAAGCAUGAUUAAAGAUUUGUUUUUACGAGUUCACAAGAAUUUCAAGGUUAAUUUAAAAGCUCAGUUAGCUCAAAUGAAUAUUACUCCGCACGACUCACUCACAUAUGGGCAAGAUAUUUAUUUUAUUACCGAAAAUGACUCGUUGAAAAUAGUAUGA